UUUUUUAUUUUGCACUUGAUAUUUGGUCAGUCGUGCGAUUACGUGAAUUCUGUUUGAAGUUAUAUUUGUGUUGGAUUUGUCAUAAAAAUGAACGCAGCCCCACGCGCCGCACUUAACCAGCUCCUACGACGAGGCUACAGCCAGGCACAAAAAGGCGCAGGUGCUUCAAGGCCCCCACCCAGCAGCAGCAAAGUCGGCACCGCACCUAGUGCAGCUCCCGUUAGCAAUGUUACGGGCCUGAGCAGCGCUUGCGUGAGGCCCACAACGACACCAGUUGGUCCCGGAGCCUCGCCAACUAGCGGCUACAAAGUUCCCGAAUAUUUUAGUUUCAAUCGGUUCAGUUUUGCUGAGGCAGAGGUCGAAAUGGCCAAAUACCGCUGCCCACAGCCAUCUGCAUUGAAGUAGUAGAAUAAUGUUAACGUGCGAUCAGCCAUAAAACGAAAUGUAAUUAAUAUAAAUACAUAUAUGUAUAAUAAACGAUAAUGCGAAAAUA